AUGUUGAAUGUCAGUUGCCAGAGAGAAGCAGAGAACUUGGCUCUGCGAUUCCCCUUCACCCUGUCACUAGACAGCCCAAUGGAGUCUGCUGCGGCUGAACCAAGACCCACUGGGAUCAGCAGCCUCUUGGGUGUCCCAGGGCUCAUCACCUGGGACGGGGACGAGGCGAUUGACGCGGAGGUGAUCGGCGGCAUCAGGCCCAGGUCCUCCCCUCUACCACGGAGAAGGAGCUCCAAUGACUUAAAGGACUGUGAGCUCGAGCUGACGCCGUCAAGCUCCAGGAGGGUGUCCUUUGCGGACGCCCUCGGCCAAAACCUGGUGAACGUGAAAGAGUUUGACUCGUGGGACAUAACCAUCCCGCUGAAUUUCGACGCCCUUGAGGGAGAGAAAGAGGUAGAGGAAUACUACUUGUCCUCCUUAUACACUCCACCACCGUCCGAAGAAGCCAUGGUCCUGAGAGUUCAGGAGCAGAAACUAGAGCUGGAGAGCAUUAAGUUACUCCACAGGACUACGAUACUGCGGGGCGUGGUCCGUGUUCUCAAUGUCUCAUUUGAUAAGAUGGUGUACAUCCGCACCUCUCUGGAUGCCUGGGCCACGCACUUUGACCUGCUGGCAGAGUACAUACCAGGGUCCAGCAAUGGAGACACUGACUGCUUCUCCUUCAAGCUCACCCUGGUGCCCCCCUUUGGGGAAAAGGGGGCCAGAGUGGACUUCUGUCUCCGGUAUGAGACCCCUGUUGGGACUUUCUGGGCCAACAAUAGUGACCGAAACUAUGUGAUGUUUUGUCACCAGAAAGUCAAAGAGCUGGAAGAUAAAGCACAAAAAUACAAAAUCGAGCGUAGGAAAAGCAUCCUGAAAGUCAACAUGUGA